AUGGAUUCUGAAUCAAAGAACAAUUACAUAGGAAGCUUUCUUCAGCCACCAAGUAAGAUGCUUCCUGCAGCCUUUGCUUCUGCAGAAUCAAAGAAGUUGGCAGCUGUUGGUGGUGACAGGCCUUCUGUGCCAAAUAACCAAGCUGUGGUGGCAGCCCUGAAAACUCUUCAAGAAAAGAUCCACCUACUAGAGUUGGAGAAGUCCCAGGCUGAAGAUAAUCUGUGCAGCCUCUCCAUAGCAGCUGCUCAGUGUAAGAAGGCCUUAGAGAGUGAAUCCUACAAAAAGAAUACAGCACAUCAAGAACUGAUGCAACAGAGGGAAGGUGUAAGGGUGCAGCUAAAUGCAGCUCAGUCUCGCUGCUCCCUGCUGGAGAAGCAGCUGGAUUACAUGAGAACAAUGGUUUCCAGUGCAGAACAAGAAAGGAAAAAGGUUUUAGAACAACAGGCCAAGCUUCAGAAAGAGGAAGAUCAGAACUGGUUGCAACUGCAUGCAAAACUUGAGAAGCUUGAAAUGCUAGAGAAAGAGUGUCUUAAACUUACUGCUACUCAGAGAAUUACAGAAGAGAAGAUCAAAUGCUUGGAAGAAAAGCUUUGUAAAGAAGAGCAUCAACGUAAGCUAAUGCAAGACAAAACUGCUCAGCUUCAAACAGGAUUUGAAAGAAACAGAAUUUUAGUGUCUUCAGCAACAUCUCAAAAUGAACCUAAAAAGGGAAAUAGGAAGAAGAAAAAAAAUAAGAAAAAAAAUCCUACAAUGAAGACAAAGCACCUUUCACAAUUACAUAUAAAGGCUGGUGAACUACCCUUUGUGGCUGGGAAGUCUGUCAGCUGCAGCCAUUCUGUCAGUGCAAACGUGCAGAGUGUGUUGCAUAUUAUGAAGCAUCUCAACCCACAAGCCUCAUCACCAAGCCCAGGAGGAGCUACAUCUGGGAUUUCAAGACACAAUGGACUUUCAAAAUCUAUAUCCUCCUGUUCCACAUCACCUACUGCUGCUGGAAGCCUUUCAGACCUUCUGUUGGCCAUACAAGAUGAUCUGGGCCAAAUGAGUUUUGAGCAUCAAGAGCUUCUGAAGCACUUACAGGAGACUCAAGACUCCAAAGGUCGUGAAGACCUGGAAUGGGAGCUGAAUUGCCUUGUAAAACAAAUGGAGAUUAAAGGAGAACAAAUAUCCAAGCUGGAAAAGCAUCAGGCUACUGUGCAGAAAUUAAGGAGAGAAACUCAGGAACUGAAGCAAGGGGCAGCUCAUGUCCAACCAAAGUGUGGUGAUCUAAAGGAAGCAAAGGAGAUUGUAAAGAGAAGUGUGUCCAAGUCUUGUCCUGGGCAGAAAAGCAGAAGCUCUCUUCAGCUGUUAAAAACUGUGCAGAAACUUCAGUCAAGACUGAGAAAAUGUGACAGUACCUGA